GUAUUGGAACACAAUUGCUGCAAGUUUUGACUUGUUGAUAUGUGAAAGCACUCUAACAGCGGAUUGUCAAAAGUGGCUAUAAGAAUAUGGAUAUUAACAUUGCAAUAAUUGAAGCUAUAAAAAUGUAUCCAGCGAUAUAUGAGAAAAAUGGUCCGUUAGGAGAAAUAGUGGGAGUUUGGAAGAAAUUAGAAAAGAUGUUUGCAAUACCAGAAAAAGUUAUCAGAGACCACUGGCAUGGGUUACUCCAAAAUUUUUGCGAAAAUUUUGAUUUUAAAUAUGGUGAUGAAAUGUCUUUCUUGUUACCUCAUUUAGGUAUUGAGGGUGUUCGCACAAGAAAGGAAUGGCCACAUGCAAUAGCUUUGGAAUUUAAUAUAACUGAGGAAGAUAUCAAUGAAAUGGAUGUUCAAAAAGAGCCCUUAUGUAUGAAGCACAAAACUGAUUGCAAGAUAGAAACAGUUGUUGUGGUUAAACAUUAUGCAAUUAGUAAAAGUCUAUCGGGAGUCGCACCGCAGUUUGACAAUUCUAAGAAACCGAAAUUAAUGGAUACAGUGAAAAAGAACGAUAAGCAAGAAACUGUUGGCGCAGAUUCCAAAAAUAUCGAUGUUGAGGAUGACAUAUUUUUAAAGAUAUUGGCAUCAAAGAUAAAUGAUAUGGACACUGAAACGAAGCGCAAAACCAAAGAGGACAUAUUACGCAUUUUGUUUCCUUAUUAAAAAAUAAAC